UGCACAGGGGAAGCAGACGCACUGAGAAGACGGAGAGCAAGACCCAAGAUGCCGCUGCUUCCUCCAUGUUGUGGACUCAUCGUUGUUGGUUCCAAACUUCCAGUUCCUCUCAAGGGGAUCUCUGUUGACAUCCAGGUGAAAGGCUUUGUGGCUGAUGUGUCUGCUACGCUCAAGUACAAGAAUGAGGAGGAGAAGGCUGUGGAAGCCAUCUUUGUAUUCCCCAUGGAUGAAGACUCAGCUGUCUACAGCUUUGAGGCCAAAGUUGAGGGAAAGAUCAUUGUAGCCGAUCUCCAGGAAAAGGAACAGGCUCAUAAGACCUACGAUGAGGCCAUCAGCCAAGGCCAGCAGGCUUUUCUUCUGGAAGAAGACAAAAGCUCUGCUGAUGUUUUCAGCUGCAAUGUUGGGAACCUGCCACCUGGUCAGGAGGCUGAAGUGACAUUAAAAUAUGUGCGGGAGCUUCCAGUCGAGGCUGACGGCGCCGUCCGAUUUGUGCUUCCUGCUGUCCUCAACCCCAGAUAUACCCCAAAAGACCAACCUGUGAGUGUGACUGCCACACGCCCACAGGUGCCUAUAGGAGAGAUCCCGUAUACCCUGAGUCUGAGAGCACACUUCCAGUCUGUAUUCGGCAUUGUCAAAAUAGUAUCCAACUGUGAUAUCAGCCCUGUGGAGUACACUAAUGAGGACAAGACCGCAGCCAAGGUAUCGCUGGCUGAGGGACACAAGUUUGAGAGAGACGUGGAGCUCCUUGCUUAUUACUCAGAGGUGAACAAACCGAGUGUGACUGUGGAGGCUGGGACAGUACCUGCUGAUGCUGCCAAGGAGCCAAAGUCAUCAGGAUCUUUGAUGACCGAGUCUGUCGCUAUGUUGAACUUCUAUCCCAGUUUCCCAGCCGUGCAGGAACAGAUAAACUGUGGAGAAUUUAUCUUUGUGGUGGACCGGUCCGGGAGUAUGAAUUGUGCAAUGAAUUCAGAGCCAAAUGCUCUACAACGUAUUGACAGUGCGAAGGAGACCCUCGUCCUUCUAUUGAAGAGUUUGCCUCUUGGGUGUUACUUUAAUAUCUUUGGAUUUGGUUCCCACUUUGAGUCUUUCUUCACGGAGAGUAAGGAGUAUACACAACAAUCCAUGGAAGAAGCUGUUAAGAAGGUCAAUGAGAUGAAAGCCAACUUUGGAGGAACAGAAAUCUUGAGACCUUUAAAGAAAAUCUAUGAUACUGCUGGGAGGCAAGACCACCCAAGACAGCUUUUUCUCUUCACGGAUGGAGAGGUCGGGAACACAAAAGAAGUGAUUGAUGAAGUCCAGAAAAAUUCUCAUAAUCACAGAUGCUUCGCAUUUGGGAUCGGUGAGGGCGCCUCCACAUCCCUCAUCAAAGGUAUGGCCCGAGCAGGUAGUGGAACAUUUGAGUUCAUCACCGGCAAAGACAGAAUGCAAACCAAGGUUCUUCGGGCUCUAAAAUGUUCCUUACAGCCCACUGUGAAGAAUGUCUCCCUGACUUGGUCUCUUCCCUCUGGCAUGGAAGCCAUUCUCCUGUCUAAGGUCCCCACCGCCAUCUUCCAGGGACAAAGGUCCAUUGUGUAUGCCCAACUGAAAGGAAAGGCGGAGACUAAAGCGGAGGGUGAGGUUUGCCUGCAGUACAACUUUAAGGAUGAGCUUUUGAAGAACACCAUUCGCUUCCCUCUUAAAGUGGAGAAAGCUGAAAGACCCACUAUCCAUAGACUGGCAGCCAAGUCUCUGAUCUCUGAGCUGGAAUGUGGAAAGGACUCUAGAUCCGAGGAUGGGAAGAAGAGGAUCCUGGAGGUCAGUCUACAGUCUGGAGUCAUCUCCUCGCUUACUGCCUUUGUUGCUGUUAAUAAGGACACCAAGACUCCAGUGGAAGGUCCUCCAGUACAAAGAGACAUCCCUGCUCCAGGUUUUAUGCAUGGUGUGAUGUAUCACUCAUUUGGCUCGUCAAUGCCACUAAUGGGUAGUGGUGGACCAUUACUUAUGGGGUAUCGUAGUAUAACUCAGCGAAGAGCGAAAAAAUGUAAUGAUUCUGGUCCCGAGUUUUUAGAUUCUGGUCCCGUGUUAACAGGAGUGAACACCAGAGGGCGCCAGUAUCCUAGCUUGCAACAAAGCUGUCUUGUGAACCCCCGGCCUGCAUUCCCAUCUGUGACCCAAACAGGAACGAUGCCAGAGACACCAUGCGGGAGACUGGGAGCAAGCAGGCCAGCAGAAACAGGAGAGGGGGAAAUAAUGCGUCCUAAAACAUCUAUAAAGUCUUAUCGAAGGAACAGAUCCUACGAGCCCGCAGAAACUGCCCCACUGGUUAGUACCCAGAUGGCCAGUCACAUCCACCUGGAAAACCACAUCCAAAAACUCAGCUUUCGUAGGGGCCACCUUAAAGAUUCUAGUUACGAGUCAGCUGAAUACAUGGAUAUGUCACCACCACCAGCUCAAGUUCUGAAGAUUCCGCCUUUCGUCAGUUUGAUUUCCCUGCAAAACGCUGAUGGUUCCUGGAAUCUUACCCCAGAAUUCUGCUCCAUUCUGGGAAUAUCAGAGCAGGACAUUAUUAACAAGAAACCAGAUCAGAAUAUGGACUCAUCAGUGUGGGCUACGGUCUUGGCGGUGAUCUGGCUCCAUGCAUCUUGUCUGGAUCAGAGAGAGGAAUGGGAAUUACUGGAAGGUAAAGCCAUCUCCUGGCUUAAGGCUAAAGCAGGUUCCUCCUUGGAUCAGUUGGUCAGAGCUGGAAAUGAUCUGCUGAAAUCCUCAGUGAAUCCUAAUGUGUUUGGCCUGUGAGAGGAAGAAUGAAGAUGGCGGAGGUCUUCGGGUACGACCAGACGGUCAGGUCUCUGCAUGCCGUUUUGGAAGCCAAAAUCAGGAGCGGAUCAUAAAAGGAGAGAAAAUAUAAAGGAGAAAUAGAACUUCUCCUGUUUUUUUUUUCUUAACUAACUUCUGGUUUGGGCUUCCGAAACUGCAAGCAGAAACCCGACUGUGUGGUUGUACCCUUCUAAGGAAUACUGCCGCCCUCCAGAAUUUUACUGCUUCUCACCUUUACUUUGGAAUCAAUUUUCAUGAUCUAAUUUCUGUGUCUUAUUACUCUUGAAAUGAGACACAAGCCAAAGAUGCAAAUGAUAAGUCUAGAGAAUCAUCUUCUAGUUAUAUUCUCAUUACACAGACCUGUUAAUGUUCACUUAUUUUUAGAAUGUACAGAGCAGCUCCACUGAAAUAUAUGCAUACAUGGAGAGAGGCCUUAGGGGUGUACUGACACUUGGGAAGGUAGUAGUGCAGAAGAAAACCAAUCUACAACGCCACCCUAAAAACUGGAUUAUUUCUUACCACACUCGAUCAAUAGAUACCAAUCAAUAGUACAUGUGAAUAUAAGAAAUUUUGUAAUGCAUUUAAUCAGAGAAAUUAUGCCUCAUUCUACACUUUCAGCAUUUUCUCUCCCUCUACGCCUAAAUCAACAUUCUUUGCUAAAUCCACCUUGAGAGACUGAUAAGGACUGUCAGCUCACUGAAGGAUCAGAUUAUAGCUGCCAAAAGGAGUUUAUAGCGAGGGGAGGAGGCGUGAACUACUAGAGGGAAAAAUAAAAACAAAAUUCUGAAAGAUACAUCACAAGGUUUCUUAUAUUAACCUGUAAUAUUGAUGUAUACAACGUUUGUUAAGAUUUUAGUUGUCCAAGAUUGGAAAAACAUGGCUGCUUCAUCCAAAAGCAGAACCACAUCUCUCCACAGGCUGUAUAUGGUAUUACCACUCAGCCCCAUUCACCUUAGUAGAACUGGGCUGCUGUGGGUAGUGUGUUUGGAAGAAAGCAGCCAUGUGUUUCUAAUCCUGGACAAUCAAAUUACAGUUUUUUCCUCCAUGACCUUGUAUUUCAAUCAAGAUCUGUUGAUGGAAGGUUGUAUGUGUCCUUCACCCAGGCCAGGACAUCUCUGUUCAUCUUUAUUGGUUGGUGGUAUAAGUCAGAAUCUCUCAGGGCAGCCAAUAAGUUGUCCUUCUUUGGCUUUGCAGACACCCUGGAGGAAGGGGUUACAACAUGGUUGCUCUACAAUAUGGUGCAUAAAAUGUGUGAAUAUUUUUGGAGAUGGGUGGAAUUACUCUUUACUAAAAUCUGUUUAUAACUGAUCUUUCAAAAAUCGGUCAACAACAGUCAAAAGAAAACAUCUGAGGAGAGUCCCCAUUCAGAUCAGUGUAUUCUGUAGGGUAUUACUGCUGAGUAUUGUUGACCCUGUCUAUGUUCCCAUUAUCCAGUUAUACAUUUCUUGUAAUAGUUAAAAGUUUAUAAAAUGUUCUAAUCCAUUGUUGCAGCUUUCAGCUCCAAUAUAUGUAUCAUCAUCAUUAAACCGCAGUUAUAGUUCAGAUGUUGGUGUCGUGGU